AUGACUCAUGGAGAAGAGCUUGGCUCUGAGAUGCACCAGGAUUCUGUUGUUCUAACUUACCUAGAGGGAUUACUAAUGCAUCAAGCAGCAGGAGGCUCAGGUACUGCAGUUGACAAAAAGUCUACUGGGCAUAGUGGAGAAGAUCAAAACUUUAAGAUUUCUGGAAAUAUAUUUCCUAGCUGUCAAAGUAAUGGUCCAGCUCUUAACACAAAUACAUAUCAGGGAUCUGGCAUGCUGCAUCUCAAAAAAGCAAGGCUGUUGCAGUCUUCUGAAGACUGGAAUGCAGCAAAGAGGAGGAGGUUGUCUGAUUCCAUAGUGGAUUUAGGUGGAAAAAAGGAAGCUUUGUUAGCCGGUGUGGUUGAAAAUGUGCCUAAAGGCAAACAGGAUAGCACAUUACUUGCCUCUUUGCUUCAGUCAUUCAGCUCUCGGCUGCAGAGUGUUGCUCUGUCACAGCAGAUUAGGCAGAGCCUUAAGGAGCAAGGGUAUUCCCUUAGCCAUGAUUCUUUACAAGUGGAGAAAGAUUUAAGGUGCUAUGGUGUUGCAUCCAGUCACCUGAAGACUCUACUGAAGAAGAGCAAAGCUAAAGAUCAGAAGCUGGACAACAGCCUACCUGAUAUAACAAAGAACGUGCCCAAAGAGAGGUUUAUAGAAUCUCCUCAUGUGGUGCAGAGUGGUCCUAAAGUGAUAAAUGAGCCACUGUCAUGUGCUGCAAGAUUACAAGCUGUUGCAAGCAUGGUAGAGAAACGAUCCAGUCCUGCUGCUUCACCAAAGCCCAGCGUAGCAUGCAGCCAGCUAGCUUUACUCCUUUCCAGUGAAGCUCACUUGCAGCAGUACUCCAGGGAACAUGCUUUAAAAGCACAAAAUGCAAAUCAAAUAGCAAGUGAGAGACUUGCAGCAAUGGCCAGGUUACAAGAAAGCACUCAGAAAGAUACUGGCCAAUUCAGUUUAGCAAAAGGAAUGACAAGCCAUCUCAAUGGUCAGACAGGAUCAUCAACCAAAACAGCAUCUAGUAAAAGCAAUAUGGCACCAUUUCAGAAUUCAGUGGGAAUCAUGCAUUCGCCUCCCAAAAAUGUGGGAUACAAAAGUACUUUGGAAAGGAGUAACCUGAAAACCUCUCCCAGCAACAGUUUGCUCUUGCAUCUACUGAAAAGCCAGAAUACCACCAAACAUGUAAAGGGCCAUGAACAGAGCGAGAGAGCCAGCAUUUUUGAAGACAGUAGCACACCGACAACUAUUGAUGAGUAUUCAGACAACAAUCCCAGUUUCACAGAUGACAGCAGUGAUGAUGAAAGUUCCCAUUCUAACUGCCUUCCUAUAGACCUAUCCUUUAAACAAAGGACAGAUAAACCAGAUGCAGGUCCACUUGCAUCCCUGGGUAACCUGACUCAGUCCUUGCUUCAUAACUGGGAUCCAAAAGUUUCUUGUCCAGAGAACAAGGAAGACAAAGACACUCCAAAAGCUUCUAAGUUGAAUCCUCAUCAGAAAGUAACAUUACUUCAACUGUUACUUGGACAUAAGAGUGAAGAUAAGGUAGACAAGAGUAAUGACCCUCAGGGACCACACAGUGCAGCUGAUGUGGCAAAAUUUACUGUACAGACUGGUAAAAGGACUCCUGUUACUGACAGUCCCAGUGCAAAUCGAAUGACUCCGCUAAGCACUCCACCUUUGCUGGCUUCUACAAAAGCAGACUCUCCUAUAAAUCUCUCACACCAGUCAUCAGCCAUCAAGCGUAGCUCACCACCGUAUGUUUGUAGCAUCCAGCCAGACAGGCUGAUGAAUCCUGCAUCUAAACAUUUGAUAGACCUUUCUAAAAGCAAAGAAAUUCAAGGAGCCAAGCUGAGCAGAAACGAUAGUCCCCAAAACUCUUCAGCUUUUAGUGCAAGCAAGCUGUUGCAGAACCUCGCUCAGUGCGGCAUGCAGACUUCCAUGUCAAAUGAAGAACAAAGAGCUAGCAAACAGCUGGUAGGAGGGAACACAGAUAAACCUGUAGGCUUGAUUGAUAGAUUGAACAGCCCUCUGCUUACGAAUAAAUUGAGUACGCAAGAAGAAAAUAACAAAAUAUUCAGUUGUCAGCCUGCACCAGCUGAACAAGGACUUCCAGGUUCAGAAAUAGAAAAUCUCCUUGAAAGGCGCACUGUCCUUCAGCUGCUUCUGGGAACUCCCAAUAAAGGUAAAAGUGAAAAGAAAGAGAGGAUGCUUUUAAGAGAUGAAAGUUCUCAAGAACAGACAGAUAAGGCUUUAAAUGAGCAAAUAUUGACGGUGAAAAUAAAAACUGAACCAUCUGAUGAAUCAAAUGUUCCUUAUAAUUCAAGUGCACAACAAGUAAGAGAGUGCAAGGGUAACAAAUAUCAAGGAUUUGUUCAUUCACUGCAGAGAAACACAGCUGCUUCUCCAGCAUCUGAGGAGGUGAAAUCUGAGCCUCUUUCACCUCAAGAUUUCUCUUUUUCCAAAAACGGUCUGUUAAGUAGGUUGCUGAGACAGAAUCAAGAUGGUUACCCUGCAGAUGAGCUGGACAGGAGUCACCGAAACAAUGAGGUGACACACCUUGAAUCAAAGAGUCUUUGCACAGUACCGAAGAAGAGGAAGCUUCAUGCUGAGCCUUUGGAAAGUCCAUUAAAAAAGAUGAAAAGUAGUAUGUCUGAUGCUGCAAACCAUCACACCUCUCCUACAGAGGCAUUGUAUGGGCCUUUGCUUAAUCAGCAAGAACUGAAAUUUGGCAGAAAUGAUGCUGAAUUUAAAUAUCCUGUGAGUCAUGGUUCAAAUAACGAAAGUGAAUAUAGAAGUUGGUCUAGAGAUACUAAAGGCUUUAAUGUGUUGAAACAGCUGCUUCUCUCAGAAAACUGUGAGAGAGAUUUGUCACAACAUAGGAAUAACAUACUAACAGAGGGCAAGAAAAAAGGAAACAAAACCAGUGCCACAAUUAAUAAACCUGAAUUUAGCAUUUCUUCAGUAAAUGCACUAAUGGGAAGCCCUGUGCAACAGAACAAUUGUGUAGAUCAUAGAACAUUUCAGUAUCCUGUAGUAGUAAAAAGUCCUGCCAGUUCCCCCUUCCCUGAACAUUUUGGGAGUACAGUAUCUAGACUUGAGUCUGACCAGUUGAGUGUGUGUCCCAUGCCCAGUGAAAAAGGGCCCAUCAGAUGGGUGAUCACAGGUGUGGACAAGAGUGAUUAUGAAAAAGACUCUCCAAGACUGACCAAAACCAAUCCAAUCUUGUACUACAUGUUACAGAAAGGUGGCACCUCUGUUAGUAGCCAAGAGCCACAUGACAAAGACACCUGGAAUGAACCUUCAUUUACUGGUAGUUCAACUCAUGUUACAAUCAAAGAGGAGUUGACAUCUGAUGCAGAGCUUGAAACUCCUUUUAGUAACCUAAGAAGCCCUUACAACAGCCAUAUGGGGAGUAAGACCUCUCAUCAACAUGGUAUGAAUGGAGAAGUGCACGGACUGCUGGAAAAAGUACUAACAAUCAAAAAAGAGCCAGAAUAA